GCUUGCAGCCUGUCCCAGCCGCAGGGAGGGCUGCAGCCCGGGUUGGUAUCGAGGGGCACAGGAAGGGGCUGGAUCAGCUAAGAGCGGCGGGUUGUAGCUGGUGUUGGCAGGGGGGAGGCAGAGAUAUGGGCUCCUAGGUGCGUCUGCUUUGCAAAUAAUCAUAAUCAUGAAUCAUUGUAACCACAGGGCUGAGAGACUGCGGCUCCUGCAUUGCAGUUGCGCCUAACCCGAGCUGUUCGAAGUUGUUGCUGCCUCCAUUGUGAGCCGGGAGCCGGGACUGAGCCGCCGCUGCUCCCCCAGCCGGUCUGUGCGGGGAGAGCCCAGCCGGGGACUUUCUGCGGGGGCUGGACCCAGCCCUUGAGCCUGCAGGUUUUCCAGUUCCCAAGCCCGACAUGAUCUCCUGGAGGAAAUGGAGAAAAGAGCUGUGGGUCCCAGACUCUCAGAACUCUGAGGAAAGUGUGACCCUGAGGAACACCCUCACAGGGAAUGACUCCUGCCUGGAUUCUCUCUCUUGCCCAGCAGGUGAUGGGAUGAUGAGUAAGAUUAAGGAGGAGAAUCCUGAGCAGGAAGGUCCUGAGGAAGUGGAACCACAUGGGACGGUAUUGGGAAGAUCCAAAGGAAAUGUUUCCCAGAGACCCAAGCAAGGAGAAGCCUGUGGGAGUUGGUGCAAGUCAGAAAGGCAGAAGGGAAACCAGCCAAGGAAGAGACGGGCUGAAUCCACUCAUUCAGGAGAAGGUUUGAAGGAUCCUAAAGAGACCAUGAUCCAGCCGAAGAUCCACACUAAAAAGAAAUCGUAUAACUGCCCCGAAUGUGGGAAAAGCUUCACUCAGACAUCAAAUCUUAUUAUACAUGAGAGAAUCCACACAGGGCAGAGACCCUAUAAAUGCCUUGAGUGUGGGAAAAGCUUCAGGCAGAGAUCAGACCUCAGUAAACAUCAGCGAAUCCACACGGGAGAGACCCCUUACAAAUGCCCCGACUGCGGGAAAAGCUUUAAGCAAAGAUUCAGCCUCAUCGUACAUCACCGAAGUCACACUGGAGAGACCCCUUAUAAAUGCAAUGACUGCGGGAAAGGCUUCACCCAGAGCACCAACCUGGUUUCACACCAGAGGAUCCACACGGGAGAGACACCCUAUAAAUGCACCGACUGCGGGAAGAGCUUCAAGCAAAGAUUCAGCCUCAUCGUACACCAGAGAAACCACACUGGAGAGAGAGCCUAUAAAUGUGCUGACUGUGGGAAAAGCUUCAAGCAGAGCUCGGAGCUCAUUUCACACCAGAGAAUCCACGUUGGAGAGAGGCCCUUCAAAUGCACGGAGUGUGGGAAAAACUUCAGUCAGAGCUCAGGCCUGAUUAGACAUCGGAGAACCCACACGGGAGAGAAACCCUACAAGUGCAUCGAUUGUGGGAAAGGCUUCAGUCAGAGCUCGGGACUUAUUAGGCAUCGGAGAACCCACACGGGGCAGAAACCCUAUGACUGCCCUGAGUGCGGGAAAAGCUUCACUCAGAGCUCAGCUCUUAUCGUACAUCAGAGAGUUCACACAGGAGAGGCACCCUAUCAAUGUUCUGUCUGUGGGAAAAGCUACAAGGUGAAGGACUCCCUCAUUUCCCACCAGAAACUCCACACGGGAUAGGAGGCAAAGAAAGCGCUCACAGCAGGGCAAUGGCUCUGUGCCCUCCUGAAGCAAAGUUAAACAUGCUUCCUUUGAGGAUAGUCUUGGGAGAGGAGCAAGGGUGGGUGGAGCAUGGACACCAACUCCAUGGAUAGUCCAGGGCUGGAGCACCCACGGAAAAAAAAUAGGGCUGCCAGUGGGUGCUAAGUACCCAUUAUUGGG